CACAAGGAUUCAAUCAAUUUCCUUUUGAUUUAGUGACUUUUGGUAAAAAUAAUUAAAAAAACCUUACCACUUGGACAACUAUUGGUUUCUUGCCAAAAUGUUUGGGUUAAAAAAAUCACCUGCAAAGAUUGCUCAAGCUGAUUCAGAUGCCGGGAAGAACACGCUUAACCCCGCGAGAAGAACUUCUUCGGAACCUAUGCUUGUCACCCCGGAUUUCAGUAACGAAAAAAAACCAUUAGAGCAGCAGAGUAUGCAAGAGUUAGAGAAAUAUGCCGUUAACAAGGCCGAGGAGACAACAAAGAGUGUCAAUAACUGCCUCAGGAUUGCCGAGGACAUCAGAGGGGAUGCGACAAGUACACUAGACAUGUUGCACCAGCAGGGUGAGCAAAUUACAAGGACUCACAUGGCGGCUGUUGAUAUCGAUAAGGAUUUGAGUCGGGGUGAGAAGAUUUUAAACAAUCUUGGAGGCAUGUUCUCAAUGCCUUGGAAGCCGAAGAAGACCAAGGAUAUUUCGGGGCCUGAUUUGUCAUUAGCUGCACCCAAAAAAGCUGACCCACAGCAGAAGGAAAAGUUGGGUAUAGCUCCGAAAGGGCGGUCAGCUCCUGCGACGCCUCCUCCCGAAGGAUCAGGUGCCUUGCAAAAAGUCGAGCAUGAGAAGGCAAAGCAAGAUGAUGCUCUUUCUGACCUAAGCAAUAUAUUGGGAGAUUUGAAGGGUAUGGCUAUGGACAUGGGAAGUGAAAUUGACAGGCAAAACAAAGCUAUUGAUAAUCUCUCUGACGAUGUUGAUGAGCUGAACUCUCGAGUGAAAGGUGCCAAUCAACGUACACGACGAUUGCUUGGGUGAAGACCAACAGCCUUACAAAUACCAGCAGCCUAACAUUAGUUACUGUAACUACAGAAAUCUUUUCCACUUUCGAUUGUAUAUAACUGGUUUCCCCUA